AUGACAUAUUCUGACGAGCAUGCCAGCAAUUCGAGGCCGUUGUUGCCCACUGACGAGUUUGCCUUGAAUAGGCAGUUGGCAAAAAAACGUACAGAGCAUGAGCAUGGCCCGGGCGAGAUCGAAGACUAUGAGUUCAACAAUUCACUAAGGAGCUCGUCGAAUAAAAACGUUGCUGAUUUGCUGUAUGAGAGGAAAAACUUUCACCCGCAGGUACAAAAAGCUCUUACAGAUACAGAUAACUUCAUUGCAAUGUACAGUCACCACGAUGAUAACAAUGGUGAAGAACAAGACGACCAACUUUCUCUGGGAAGCGAGGACAAUACCGAACCUCAGGUAAUUGAAGAAGAGGAUGAAGAACUGGCGGAUGACUCUAGCAGUACAGAUAACUUAUCUUAUGCAACAGCAGGUUUAGAGUUAGAUCCUGUACUGAAGAAAAGACAAGAAGAGUGGGCAAGGCGCGGAGCUGCACAGAUUGUGAAGGAAUCUGUAAAUCCUAAAACUGGUGAGCGUGAGAAAAAGAUUAUAAGAAAAGGUAUCAAAGAUUUCAAAUUUGGCGAAAUGGUUGGUGAUGGUGCUUAUUCAACAGUAAUGCUUGCAACUGCCAAGGAUUCUGGCAAAAAAUACGCUGUAAAAGUUUUAAACAAAGAGUAUUUGAUCAAGCAGAAAAAAGUCAAGUAUGUCAAUAUAGAGAAGAAUGCAUUGCAAAGACUUAAUAACUCCCGGGGUAUUGUGAAAUUAUUUUUCACCUUCCAAGAUGAGUCAAGUUUAUACUUCCUACUUGAAUAUGCUCCUAACGGUGAUUUUCUUUCUGUUAUGAAGAAAUAUGGGUCACUUAGUGAGGACUGUACAAGGUACUACAGUGCUCAAAUUAUUGAUGGUAUCAAAUACCUGCAUUCGAAAGGUAUCAUACAUAGAGAUAUUAAACCAGAAAACAUCCUGUUAGAUAAGGAUAUGAAGGUCAAAAUCACAGAUUUUGGUACUGCUAAAAUUCUAGAACCCAAGAAUGAGGAUGAAGACAAUCCUGAAUUUAAUCUUUUGACACGUUCUAAGUCAUUUGUUGGUACAGCAGAGUAUGUGUCUCCGGAGCUGUUGAAUGAUAGUUAUGUUGACGCAAGAUGUGAUAUUUGGGCAUUUGGAUGUAUGGUAUUUCAAAUGAUUGCCGGUAAACCCCCUUUCAAAGCAACCAAUGAGUACCUGACAUUUCAGAAAGUUAUGAAGGUCCAAUAUGCAUUUACAGCGGGCUUUCCAGUUGUGGUAAGAGAUUUAGUUAAACGAAUCCUGCUAAAAGUACCAGAGCAAAGAUUAACUAUACCCCAAAUAGAGAAACAUCAUUUCUAUAAAGAUAUUAGCUUUGAAGAUGGAUCUGUUUGGACUGCUCCAGCCCCAGAAAUCCAGCCUUACAAAAUAAAUGCUAAAUCAAUGCAACCAGUUCCUGAGCUGAAAGAUGCACCUAAUAAACGAACUAUAAUUAAUAUUCCGAAAAGACAAUUACAGAAAGCACACACAAAUUCUUCAUCGACUCCUAAUUUACCCACAAUAGAACGUCCUGAAACCCCUCAAAGGUUGGAAAGUGAUGUAGAUGUCCCAAAAAGAACAACUGAUGAAAGGACAGCUCAAAUAUUAGAGAAUGCAAGAAAAACUGUUAAUAAUAGAAAACUACAGCUUUCAAAGAGACAAGCAAGUGGUGCUGCUUCUGCUGCAUCUAUAGCCCUUUCCAGGAAGACCAGCCAGGCAAGUUCUAUAUCGACUACCAGAAAGCGUAGCACACCAACUACACCUGUAAAUGAUUCAACUAGUAGGUUUGCGGAUUCUCAAGCUGGCUCGAGAUCUCACUCUACCAUAUCUACUAAAGAAGCCUCUCCAGCAUCGUUUUCUAAUUCCCCAUCGGCUCCAAUUAUGCAUCAGCAACCAGAAGCAUCCAACUACUCACCGAUUAGUACUAUUAUUGAGUCUCCUAGGUUGGAUCAUGGAACGCACUCUGAAAAUGUAUCAUCAGACCCUAAUUCCAAAGAUUACUGGCAACAAUAUUUGGAUAGUAAUGAACACAUAAUCAAGAAAGAGGAGAUUGGAUUAACUAUUGUCAACACCGAUGUGUUAGAAAAACGUGUCCAUAAGACCAAUAGUGUUCUUGCUGACCCGCAGAGUUCUGUACCCAUUAGAUCUACCCUAUUAUCUCAAGUGGCAAGAAGUGGUGGUAGCACUACAGGCUUUAGAUUUGAAGGAGGAUAUCUACCAGAGCAGAAAUACUAUAAAAAACUAAACAUUGAAGUUCCAAACAUUGAUGAGGAUCACAAAUCUCCAGCUGGAAUUAUAACACCCUUGAUGUCAGAAAAUGUUGAGGCUGUUGCAAACAACGAGGCAGCAGAUGAUGGGAAUAAUACUGAAGAUAACAAAAUUUCUGGGAAAUUUAAGAAACUAUUUCAUAAUAACAAACUUGCGAACUUAGGUGAAUUCAGAAACCUAGAGCGCUAUAAGUACUUUAAACGAGAAGUCAUUAUUACUAACAGUGGAAGAAUGAUAAUACUAGUAAAAAUGAGGAACAAAUUUGAUCAGCAUUAUUAUAGCCAACUGUACUCCAUUAACUUAGCACAACACGGCUGUAAAAUCAAAGAGCUUCACUUUCCAAUUACGACUGACAGUCAAAUCGAUAAUGUUAGCUAUAUUGUAAUUGAGACACCAUACAACUCCUUUGUUCUGAUAUGCUCCAAAGGCGAUACAAAAACAUGGUUAUCUGCCUUAAUCAAAGCAUCAACAGUGGAAAGCCAUUCUCAAGUAAAAAAGAGUAAUCGUGUCAAAUCCGAAUCAAUAUCGAGAACUUCGCUUCCUCAACCACGGUUCCAUAAAACCUCAUCAUCAUCAUCUGUUUUAUCCCCCAAGCAAAAUAUGCCAGUAUCACCAAGAUCUGUCUCAACUAAUGAAAUAGAAACUUCAGAUCCUUCCCACUCAAUGCAUAAAUCCGGUAGACUUUUUGAUACGUUUGUCAACUCAAGGGAAAGGAAACAAAAAUCUCACUCCUCACAAGUACCAAUAAACAGCAAAUUAAUAAAUGGAUUACCCACCAGUAUUGGUAAUGCUUCAGCAGCAGUUUUUGGAUUAGGAAUUAAUUCGGGGAGUAACUCAACUCAGCAUAACCUGCCUCAACCCCCAGAACCAAAAGCUCACAAAAAGACAAUCACAGCUAACAACUCCAGGCUGCUGAGUAGAAGUGAGAAAAUUUUGAGAAACAAAUAG